UGGCUAUCAAUUCGAUGAACGCAGUGGUUUUUCGAAAGCCGAUGCUGAGACAGGCUUCAAGUGUCUAUGAAACCUACGCUUAUCUGAGGUGAUGUGGCAAUAUAGACAUUGUUGUCGUGGCCCAGGAUGGCAGACCUUCUUGGCUCAAUCAUGUCUUCGAUGGAGAAAGCGCAACCUAAACAAUCGCCGGCCGAUGAGAAACAGCGCGACCUCAUCAAACCUGAUGACACGAUCGAUUGCAGAACAACGCGAGGCGGCCAAGAAAGCUGAGGAAGAUCAUAAGCUGAAACUGAAAAGGUUUAAAGAGAAAACAUCAGGAGUACUCGAUGAAUUUUUAAAAGAUAUCAAAAACCCGAACUUCAAAUUCAAGCCUGUCCCCAAAGUCUACCGUGCCAUCAUCCAUGAUGCUGCCGAGGCGAAAGGUAUACCUGCGUAUUCCUUUGGCGAAGAGGACAUCGACCGACACGUAGUGGUCUUCAAGCCUGAACAUGCCCCGUGUGAAGAGCAACUUGCGUGCCUAAGGCGCGGCGAGGUUUGGGAUCCAUUAAAGGCUGAGCAGGAACGAGCCUUGCGGGAACAGAUUGAGAAAGAUCGCGAACACGAGGAUUGGCUUCGACAGAUGCGAGAGCGGAAGCGAAAGUCAAAUGAGACGCAAGGCCAAGCAGCUGACAAAUACAAAACGAAAUACGAAAAGUUUGUCGGUAGGGAUGCUGGCCUCGAAGCAGCUAGAAUAGCACAGCCUAACAAACAGUUUGGAUUCGUGCCUUCGGAAAAUAAGCGUGACGCACGCACAAUCGAGCAGGUUCUUGCAGAUAGUCGAGCAAAACGAAAACGUUUGGAAGAGAGGACAUCAGCUUCAGAAACGUUUGGUCACAACAACGAAAAGUCAAACACUGUUUAGGGUACUCUGGGCAAUAUGCAUAUUGCAUCGCGAUCUCUAUUACCAGCAGCUGUUUUUCGUGUCCAUCACGAACAAUGAUGUUACAAAAGCUCACAGGUUUUCCAGUGGUUUCUACUCAGUGUUUGACAAACGAACCUGAACGAGGGUUGAUUAAUAUAAGGAAGUGUUAUCCCACCAUACUUGCAGAAAACUCCGGUACGCGCAGGUGGUACCGGAACGUUAGAGAUAGUAAUAAUCAUUGUUUGAGACAUUAAGAAAGUUCAAGAUCAGUAGUCUAGUCUGCUGACGGACAGCGCAUCUAACAGCUAGUAACUGAGACAGUCUUAUGUCUUUAUCGCCUAAAGGAGAUGCUCAGAUUAGCUUAACAAUACAGGAACGAUACAUACAAAAUGUUCUACAGGUGCUUCAUAGUAAAUGAAUAGGUUUUGCAUUCGCACAAAAUGACUCCAUUGUAAUCCUUCCGAGCUAUAUAUCCUAUAUUGGGCUAUUAUGUGUCGAGUUGUCCUUCAACGUGUUCGAUCGUACCGAUCUGUUGGCAAGCACAGAGGCUGACUGUUGAAGAAAUCAUCUAUUUCAGAAACGGGAAACUUUUAAAAAAACAGGAACAACUUUUGUUUACGUAGAGUAAAGACAAAAAUAUGAAGUAGGCAAAAUACGAACAUACAUAGACCUUUAAUAUGAGCCAGGUAACUUGUAAUACGGGAUCGUUACCUCUGCAGGGUUUGAAAAAACUCGUAGCUGCGGAGUUAUUUUAAUAUCAAAAUAUGCGGCUAUAAAUCUAAGCCUUUCAUCCCAGGAAAACGGAGAGAAGUCAAGACAACGGUGACUGCCCUGUAUAAAAUGGUGCAAGGAAAAGGCCCGAACUACCAAGAUGUUCGCGAUAUUUAUUAAGGAAGUUUGUUUAAUUUGUUAGAUAUGUAGAUUUAAAAGCUUUGCAAGCUUGACAGUUGCCAUAUGAUUUGGCUAGUGAUUUUGGAGUAGACUCUGUGGGUCAUACCGACCACAUUGCUAAGGCGAAUUGUGAGCUAUAGGCACUCAUCGGGCAUUAACUGGAUUAAUUUCUAAUAUCCUCUUUUUUCUUGUUUUAAAUUGUUUCUCUGUAUAAUUAUCUUGUAUAAUUGGUGUAAAUUAAUUCCUUAGACCCUAUUUUGUUCUUAGGCGAGAAAAACGAAACUGUUUUGAGUAAUAAAUGUCAAAAUUUCCGUUUCGGAUUGAUAUUUAUGAAAGAGGCAAAGUCAAGUAAAUAUUGCGCUGUGAUCUGCUGAUAUCUGAGACGAUAAAAAUUGUCCGUCUAGUGGACUUUUUGUGAAAUAUAAUUUCAUUGAUAGCUAUUUGUAACUUCUACUUCGUGGGAUACGCAGAUACAUAGCUUUAUGUAUAGAGCUUUAGAUAAUUAGUUACAAGCUACUGCCUCAUGACUGAGCUCGUUAGGAUGUGCAAGCGGCUUAAGUCGUUCGUUGAACAACGUUGUUAACGACGAUUUUUUACGUGACGAAAAUAUUCCUUGCGAUGCGGUUAAAUCAGUCUUAUAACAUAUGGAAAAAAAAUGCAAGUACAUUAACACCAAUUACUGCCAUUGACGACGGUAGAAAAUGAACAACGAGUAUUUAGAAAUUGUUUUGCUAAAUGUAAUUGACAACAACAAUACAAAGAACACAUAAUGACUUGUAACUACUAUACUCAGUUUAAGAGUGGACGAAACAGUAUCGCUGUACUUUCGUAACCCUCAAGCUCAUGAAGUGCAGCACUAUUCUUGUACUGCUUUAAAAUUAUUAAUUACAUAAGUUACAAACAACCGAGAGGCUCUGUUAUUAGCGUUAAAAUUCUGAUUGGAACGUACAUGCUUUCCCGUACACAAUGGACAGUUCGAGAAGUUUGGAGAGAAAUUACAUUUCAGUAACACCGAAUCUUCAAAAGUCUUGCAAGCCUCAUCAAAUUUCUUUGAGUUUACCAGAAUCGAAACUGUUUAAUGCGGAUUAGAAAACUAGGAAUAGAGUUCUCUAUGUCAGUGCACAAGGCAAUAACGAGCCUUCUUUGCUAUUGAUUUGUAAAAAAAAAUUGCUCGCUGCUUUCCGAAGUGUACGCAUAGGUAGAACGAUAAUAUAUUAUACAAUAAAAGAAAAUGAAGUAAAUGUUA